AUGGAUAAUAGGAGUUAUGAUUAAGAAGAAGAGAUUAUUCAAUAAAAGCCUUCCCAGUCUCCAUAAAUGAUUGAGGAAUUAAAUUUCAAUAAAAGAGAAACUAUAACUAUGAAAUAGAUUAAAUAACUCUUUGAAGAAACAGAACCUGAUUGGGAAAGAGUAUUGAUUAUGUUUAAUUUUUAAGAUCAAAAACGUCUAAGGGAUGUACAUCAUUAUGUUAGCUUUACAAAAUAUUUUCUCUCUUUGGAUUCUAUUGCUUCUUUAUCUAAUGAAUUUAGGGAAUGUUAUAGCUAAUUAUAUGAAAUAUCCAGUUGACCUUGUAUUUAUUUUCAUUUAUCUGUAUUGUGUAAUAUAAAUACAAUUCAAAUAAGAUGAUUGGAGAUCUCCACCAUUCAAUUAUUUAUUAUAUGUAAUAAUGAAUAAUAUUUUAAGUUUUUUAGAUGGCUCAUGCAGUCUCAAGGACAUUAUUAUCAAUAUUUGUUAUUUUUAGAUUUACAUUUAUACACUUAGAAAUAGUGUAUAUAAUGAUUUCACUUGAUUUUAUAAUUGUUUUCUUAUGCUUUUAAAUUGAUAGGAGAAAUAAAGAUCAUUGUUUCUUAGCCAAAGAUUAUUGGUGGAGGUAUAACCAAUUCCUUAUUCAUUUUUAGAGCUCUUUUGAUAUUUAUGCUAUAAGAGAUUCUAGUAAAUUUAGUUUAUGCAGUUUAUACUUGGAUUGAAGUGUUUGCUUGGUUCUUUGCUUAUUUUAUGAUCCUAUGUUAUGUACUUUGGGAGUGUUAGAUGAUCAGAUAUAGGCCACAUAUGAAUUAUUACUUCAAUGCCUUUUAUUUGGGUCAGAUCUACUUUGAUAGUGAUAUCAUAUUUCCAUGUUCCUUAAUAAAGUUGUUUAGGCAAUGA